UAGAGGGCGCACACACGUACACACGGUCGAUCGAAAACUACGAUCUCCAGUUUUGCUUGUGUCAUUUUAUCUCGCCGAGUAAGCGCUAAUUUCUCUUCAAAAUGGCAUCGCAAGUGGAAGGAUUCGUGAAUUCUGUUGUUACGCUCUCAACAGAGGGUAACUUUGCCCAGUUGUGCGAGGAGAUCAACAAGAGUUUAGAGCUUCUCAAGAAGAACUCCUCCAACCUGGACAUGAUCUUAGAAACACUGGAUCCCCAACUACACUCACUGGGCGUCUUAGCUGUCCUUAACGUCAAAUUCACUCUGCCGUCGGGCUCGGCGCCGGACUUCGAGACGCUCUUCUCCCAGACACAACUUUUCUUCAGCAUGUGUAACGGGGAACAAGUCCGCUUUGCGACAGAUAGCUAUGGCACCCUAGCCCACCAGUUCACCAGAGUCUUGAUUGAGAAGAAGCAGUACCUUCGAGGCAUCGAGAUCCUCUGUAAGGCCAUCAGUAAGAUUCAGAUGCACGCUGCUCAACUGACGUCCAUUCACGCCGAUCUCUGUCAGUUAUGUUUAUUAGCCAAGUGUAUGAAGCCUGCUCUACCGUUUCUGGAUGUGGACAUCACUGACAUAAGCCAAGAGGGCGGACUGUUUGACGCGACACAUUUCCUGUGUUACUACUACUAUGGAGGCAUGAUCUACGCGGCUCUCAAGAAGUGGGGAAGGUCCGUCUACUUCUUUGAAGUGGCGAUAACCACCCCUAGCCAAGCAGUCAGUCACAUCAUGUUGGAAGCCUACAAGAAAUACAUCGUGGUUUCGUUGAUACACCACGGCAAACUCACAACCCUACCCAAGUACACGUCACUCGUCGUCGGUCGGUUUAUCAAGCCGCUCAGCCAACCCUACCAUGAGCUUGCCAACGCGUACUCCACCAACAACCCCCAAGAAAUAAGGGCGGUCAUCCUCAAACACUCGGAGCAGUUCACAAGGGAACAGAACAUGGGAUUGGUGAAGCAAGUCGUGACAUCGAUGUUUGCCAAAAACAUCCAGAGACUCACAAAGACCUUCCUGACAUUAUCACUGAGUGAUAUCGCAAGACGGGUGCAUCUCAACUCUGCGAAAGAAGCCGAACUCCACGUUCUGUCCAUGAUUGAGGAAGGACAGAUUUACGCCAGCAUCAGCAAGAAAGAUGGGAUGGUCAGUUUCCAUGACAACCCCGAGAAGUAUGAUAACCCAUCAUUAUUCAAACACUUGGAGGGCGAGAUGCGGGAAUGCAUCCUACUCGAUGAGAAGCUACGACAGAUGGAACAAGAGAUAUCCGUCACGCCCCAGUUCAUCCGCAAAAGCAUGGGAAUUCGCGAGGAAGAAGACCUAUCAGUAUUCGCAAGUGGCAGCAAGUAAGACAACUCUAUAACCCGCAUGGAUACAUACAUGUAGGAACAGGAGGCUAUAGAUGUAGGGGGAAAAAGUCUUGGGCAAGUUUGAAGAAAAACAAAAAAAGUUGGUUGUCUACUGCCAAACAUCUGGUACAUUUUUUCCAAAAGAGGCAAUAUUGUUUUAAUAAGGCACCAUAACAGCGUAAUUUUCCUGGUGUUAGCGGUCGUAAUAUCACCCUUAUUGAGGCAAUUUAACAGAAUUACUCCAAUCUUAAAAUUAAGAUUAUAAAAAAAUUUAAUGUUUAAAUUAUAGUAACAUGGACACUUUCAUCAAUAACGACAAUAAUCCCAUUAUUGUCUGUACACCAAGAAAGGUGUUUUUACGACACCCAUUUUGCUCAGAUAUAAGGCCAUAUUGAACCAUAUCACUUCCAACUUGAAAAUACGGCAUUUAAAUUACGAAAAAAAAGAAGUGUUGAGAAUGUAAAGGCACCAGUUGGCUGAUUUGUUUAUGAAAUAAUGCUAUUUCAUUAAAAUCCAAUAUGGUUGUCUUUGGCUGUGAAAAUA